GCUCCUAGAGCUCAUGUCACAGUAGAAGACUAAGGAGCGUUUGAGAGCUCAGACAGAAGAGAGCAGGAGAUGUUCAGCAUGGCCUCGUCCAUCGCAGCCGUGUUGGCCUUUACUGCCAGUUUGAUAUUAACCGCAAUGGCUCGUGGCUGUGAUGGCUACUACAAUAUACUUGGGAUUUAUCAACGACCCCAGAAAUGCGAGUUUAUGUACUGCUGUGGUACCUGUGAAAGUCGGUACUGCUGCUCAUCUUCUCUCUAUUCUCUCCAUGACGAAUUCUGCAAUUUUCAUCCGGAUUUCAAACCUCUACCAAUUUUUCUUGGUGUAGCAAGUCUGUUCAUCACCAUCAUAAUCCUUAUAAUUUGCUGUAUCUCCCCCUGCUGCUGCUUGUACAAAUUGUGCAGAAAACCCAGAUCCGCGGUGGCAACAACAACAACCACAGUAGUAACGCAGUUCCCUCAGCAGCAGCCUCCAAACCCUGCAGUUCAGAAUCCGGCCUACCAGCCAAUUUCUGCACAGCCUGGUUACCCUGUCCAGCCCGGGUAUGGAACCCCUGCCCCGUAUCAGGGCCAGCCUUAUGCACCGGGACCGCCUCCACCGUACCAGGAGAGUGGAGGAUAUCCUUCACCAUACAGCCAAGCCCCCUACGUUGCCACUCAGCCUCCGUACCCUCUCAACCCCCCUGUGCAGGCCGGCUACGCUCACCCUCCUCCCCAGCCUGACUCUAACGCUGCUCAGCCUCCAUACAACCCAGCCUACGUGGAGCCGCCCAAAACCGGAUACUAAACCACAAACGUCGGACAACACCACCAUGGCUGGAUUACAGACACCUACACACUUCCACUUUUGCUCACACCAGUCCUAUAUGGGCUAUAUUUCCCAUAGAUAAUUACAGCGUAAGGACUCUUUAAACCACAAUAUAAACUCCAGAGAUAAGAAACCGCAUGUACUCCAGAGUUUUCCAUGAAAAACAUGGAACAUAUGGAAAACAUGUUUAUUGACCCCGAGCCAUGCUCUGCCUUUUUUUUUUCUUUUUGCGAGUGAGGAGAAAAAAAGGGAAUAUUGUUUGUACAGUACGAUUGUAACAGAACCAGUGCUGAUCCAGGACAGGAAUCUUAUUAUAUUUGUUUUCUUUCUUUAUAUCAAGUGUAAAGUUUUUUUACAGCUCAUGCAGGAGUGACUCUUCAGGUGACACAAGGGCACUGACAGUGUUUUCUGUGUGCUAGUUUAACCUCAGCGUUGGCUGAUGAUGUACUGUAUAUGAAGCUUUAGCUGGUGGAGGAAACUGGUAAAAAGAGGGGA